AUUAUUUCGUUCAACUCAUUAUCUUGGAACUGCUUGCUGGUGGACGAGGUCAGCCUGUCUUUUAUCCCAGGACCGUUAGUGUGGGGUCUCUACUUUCUCUUGUCAACGGGUCUCCGAUCUUUGUUCAUACGCACAGUUUCACGAUGACCUAGUUCUUUUGUGAUUUAUCAAACGGCUCUGAGGGAGUUUGUUGACCCUUCAUCUGUGCAUUGAGGAGGGCAAGCAUGGUAGGCUAUACGCGUGUCGAGGCUUUCUGACAAUAUUUGAGAUGAACAAGUCUCAUUUAUUUUUACCAAUGAAUGCUGCCUGAUUCGAUAGGAUACUGGUGUUGCCAGUGUAGUGUAAUAACUGAUCAGUGAAUGUGAUUGCUUGCGUUAUCGAGGGGAGGACCCAUUUGAGUAGUGUAGGCUGCUACAUGCGUCUACUCACAUUGGCUAGUUCAUAGAUUGUUUCCUGCAGUAAAACUGGUAGUGAUUUGCUUCAUUUUCUUUUUAAGCGGAUUAGGUAACGUCAGACUCAUAGGGUGACUAGCAUAGGAUCCUUCGUUCAGGGUGUUGUUAAAGCAAAUAGCCUACCUUCUUUUAGCUUCCCAAAACACUUGCUGACAUCACCAAUGGGCAGUCUCUAACCUUAUCAUCAACUAUAAAUAAUGGGGAGAUGUGCAGUCAGAAACACAACAUAGGCCAACGCUACUGCACCGACCUAGAGUGUCAGGACAGAAAAACGUUAUUCAUUCAGGGAAAAUCGACUCCUUUUCCCAAGACGCAUCCCGGGACAUUGAGAAGAAGUACCCCAGCAUCAGGGUAUCAUGCUGGGCAACGCGAAGAAGCCAAGUCCCACGAAGCAGAAGAACGGGGCGGGAACAUCAGGAUCGAAGAGCACUGACCCUUUAAAGAAUUUAGGUGUGCAUGAGGAUGACGAUGUGCGGCGGAUGCAGCAGGGGGCGGCCAUGAUGAAGGUGCGCUCUCCGCGGUGGCAACGGCGGCGCAUGAUGAAGCUGCUCGACGACGGCGUCACCGUCUGGUGCGAGUCCAACAAGACCUCCAGCAGGGCCAAGUCACGCCAGUCCUUCUCAGUGACGGAUGUGGAGUGUGUGAUGGAGGGCUGCCAGUCGGAGGCGCUGCGUAAGCUGGGCAAGAAGGGGCAGGAGGCCGAGUGCCUGACCAUCGUGUUCAAGGGGCCGCGGAAGAGCCUGGACAUCCACUGCCCCAGCCAGCAGGACGCCCAGAGCUGGGCGCGCGGGAUCCGCACGCUGCAGGACCGCAUGGAGAACAUGACCCAGGCCCAGAAGCUCGACCACUGGAUCCAUGCGUACCUGAAGCAGGCGGACGAGGACAACGACGGGAAGAUGAGCUACGAGGAGACGCAGACGCUGCUGCAGAUGAUCAACAUCGACCUGAGCGAGCAGUACGCACGCAGCCUCUUCAAGAAGUGUGAUCGCACUGCGGACGGGCGUCUCCAGCACGGCGAGAUCGAGCUGUUCUGCCGCGAGCUGCUGCGGCGGCCGGAGCUGGACGCCGUGUUCCAGCAGUACUCGGCCAACGGCACCGUGCUGUCCACCGUCGACCUGCGCGACUUCCUGCGCGAGCAGGGCGAGGACGCCUCGCUUAUCCACGCCCAGAGCCUCAUCCUCACCUACGAGCUCAACGAGUGGGCCCAGAAGAACCAGUACAUGACGCCCAACGGCUUCACCAUGUACAUGCUGUCCAAGGAGAACGUGGUUCUGGAGCCGAAUCACCAGCGCGUGUACCAGGACAUGAGGCAGCCCCUGGCCCACUACUACAUCAGCUCCUCACACAACACCUACCUCACCAAGGACCAGCUCAUGGGAGAGAGCAGCACCGAGACUUACAUGAGAGCCCUGAGCCAUGGCUGCCGCUGUGUGGAGCUGGACUGCUGGGACGGAGACAACGGCGAGCCGGUCAUCUACCACGGACACACACUCACCUCCAAGGUCACCUUCAGGGAGGUCGUACUCACCAUCAACGAGUACGCCUUCAAGGCGACUCCGUACCCUCUGAUCCUAUCUCUGGAGAACCACUGCUCUGUGGAGCAGCAGGCGGUGAUGGCCCAGCAGUUGCGCUCCAUCCUGGGGGACAAACUGCUCACCAAGCCCCUCAGUGACAAGGAGCUCCAGAGCCUGCCCUCUCCUGAGGCUCUGAAGGGGAAGAUCUUGGUGAAAGGGAAGAAGGAGCGCAGGGCUGAGGAGAGCUCGUCCAGCUCCGACAGCUCCUCCUCUGAGGACGAGGCCAAGGGAGACAGCAAGCCCAAGCCCAAGGCUGAGGCCAAGAAGUGCCAGUGCACGUGUGUGUCUCCCCAGCCCGUGUCCAAGCUGAGCCCGGAGCUGUCGGACGUGGUGGUCUACACGCGCAGUGUUCCCUUCAAGGGCUUCCAGCAGGCCGCCCACAAACCGCCCAACGAGAUGUCCUCCUUCUCCGAGAGCGAGGCGCUCAAACACGUCAAAGAGUCAGGGAAGUUGUUUGUGCGUCACAACGCCAGGCAGCUGAGCAGGAUCUACCCGUCCGGUCAGAGGGUCCAGUCGUCCAACUACAACCCCCAGGACAUGUGGAACGCUGGCUGUCAGAUCGUCGCCCUGAACUUCCAGACGCCCGGCGAGCCCAUGGAUCUGAACCAGGGGCGGUUCCUGACCAAUGGCGGCUGCGGUUACGCGCUGAAGCCUGGCUUCCUGCGCCAGGCCGAGUCCGAGUUCAACCCGGAGAACACCGGAGGGGGGCCUGGACAUAGCCCUGUCCUGCUGACCGUUCGUAUAAUCUCCGCCCAGCAGCUGCCCAAGUCGCCCCAAGAUAAGCCCAACUCCAUAGUGGACCCAUACGUGUGGGUGGAGACCCAUGGAGCACCCAUAGACAACAACAAGAAGAAGACGCACCGCAUCGACAACAACGGUUUUAACCCUCGGUGGGACUGCACCUUUAAGUUCCAGCUGCAUGUCCCUGACUUGGUGCUGGUGCGCUUCGUGGUGGAGGAUCACGACUACACCUCCAGAAACGACUUCCUGGGACAGUUCACUUUGCCCUUAACCAGCAUGCGGACUGGCUACAGACACGUCCGACUGCUGAAGGAAGACGGCACCAGCCUGUCCCCGUCCACCCUCUUCAUCCACGUCAAGCUCACACCCUCACACAGCUCACUCACCAAGAAAGCGUCUCCACAGAAAGCCUGAACACUACAUCACCCAUAAGCCUUUGCUGCAGAUCGUUGGAAGGGGCUGUGGUAUUUUUUUAAUGCUGUUACAGUCAUAACUGAGUCGUUUUUACUGAAAAUGUUUUAGCUACUUAAUAUGCUCAGGAACACAUCUACAGAUUGAGGAAAGGGAUCAGUAGCAGUAUCAGUGGGCAGUGGUAUUGGUUGAAGGACUCACAUAGACCAAUAGGGGGUGCUAUAAGGUUUAAAUAACAAAUUGUGACCAAUCAUACGUUGUCAUAUUAACUUGUCCACUUAGAGGGACCAAUCAAAGUGAGUGAUGAUUAACACUAGUGACCAAUGCUUACUGAUUUUUUUUUUUAUUAAUUCUGUUUCUGCCAUUUACAGUCAACAAUCAAAUAUUGUCUUCUUUUGAUCUUUGAGUGAGACCAACUAAGGUGAACUUAUAAUGAGCAAAUCUUGGAGAACCAAUUCUACUAGAGCAGGCAGUGUUGUUGGAUGAAAAAACUGAAAAUGCCAUGCAUUCCUCAAAAUCAGUUUCAACGUUUCAGGUCAAAGCAUGAUGCAGCUGAAAGAGACAAUACAUUUGCAUCAUUUUUAUAUCAUUGAAUGCUGAUAGAGACUGAAAAGCAAUAGUGUAGGCAUGCGAUAUAUUAUAAUGCUUAUAGAGCCAUGUAGCACGUAGCCUACAGCCUGUUUUAAUAUUUAAUAUUUAAUGUAUUUCUUAGAAUUUAAAUUUAUUUUAGUUUUUAUUUCGUUAGAGCUUUCUAUAGACAGGGUCAAGAUGGUGCAGAAAGAACUGUACCUUGGUGGAAACACCAAAGUUGAAAAAGAAGAUACGCGAUCAAAAGCUGAAAGGAGAACCGUCCACAUAACAAUGCCUGAAAACUGACAAUAUGACGCCGUUACCAAGCCAUGCUGGCUAGUUGGUUUCAUGCCCUGGUAUUUUAGCCAAACUAGUUUCUUUAAAGUGUUCAGAAGGAAACCUUCUGUGUGAUACCUUGUGCUAUUAAUUAGCAAUACUGUAAUUGAGAGUGAGAGGUGGGUAGUAAGACUGACUGCUAUGCAUGUAGUAUGUUGCAUUAUGUUUUAUGAAAUUGUAGUUUGCCAUUGUCAUAUGGCAUGAUAUUAAUAUGCUAUAUCUACAUCUGAGAAGGACAACUAGACAUGAAGGAAACAAAGCACUUGCAACGUCCGAAGUUCAAACAAUCUCACGUCCUGGUCAGUUUUGGCUGUGUCUGUGUCUUUGUUUAGGAAAAAAUGAAGGAACGUCAGAAGGAUUCAUAUAGUUUUCAUGAUACUGGCACUUACAAAGACAAGACCUCAAGAAACAACAGUGCGUGUUUACUAAAGAUUUUUAUACUGUCCUACAUCCUCUUGUAGCACUUUAUUGUUCUAAGCUGCAGGCAUCUCGAUCAGUCCAAAUGUAUGUUUGGUAAAUAUCGAUGUUUAUAUAUGUAGUUUUAUGGCUUUAGGGAUCAGUUUAUACUUCGAUCACUUGAUAAACUGAAGCAUUUUAUCACAUUCACAUCAAAGGGUGUUAUGUUUAGGUUACGAUCAUCUCUGUGAUACGAGUACAUGAAGAAGAAAGGCAGAUAUGUUUUUCCUAUUCACAUUUUGGGGUACCAUUCACCAUUCUGUUUACAUUUGACUUAGAGCAAGCAUAUCACUGGAGGCUACAGUACAUAUCAGAUCUGACCUUGAGUUGUUUGUUAUAGCCAAUGAAAACAGUAUUAGUGAGACUCUGAAAAACUUUGAAAAAAUAGGUCAGUUUAUUUUCACCUUUUUUAACUUUUUCAUAUUGACUUUAUUUACUGUAUAUUUUAUAAAUCUUAAUAUCGUAUCUAUUGUCACUUGUUUUAUUAGUAGUUAAUUUAUGAAAGUAUUUAAAGUUUAUGAAAUAUGCAAUCAGAAAAAAAGAGAGUGCAACCUUGCAUUAGAUAAUUUCUGCCUGUUGUGUUACACAUGCCAAAUCAGUGAGCUGUUGUCGGGUAGAAUUACUAAUGAAUAGCUACUAACACUGUAGAAAAAAAGUCACUGGUAGUAUUUUCACUUUUUUAUUCACUUUUUUACUCAUCUGAUUUUUUGUUUUUUUUGUCGUUGCACUUUGCAAGAACAAGUGAAGAAGCCAAUGUAAGGAUAUGCUUGUGUUAGCCACGUUUGACAGUUGUAUUUGCUUUCUCCAUCCAAACUGAUCUUGUAUGUCAGCAUUUGAGCUUGAAUGGAAAAAAAUCUACCGUGAACAAAUAAAACAAGAUACAUACAACUUGAA